AACGAGCACAAAGGAAAUGAUCGCUCAGCGUCAUUUAGUCUAGUGAGUUUCAACCAGCGAGUUCGAGAAGUGAGAAAAUGUCUUCGGCUAAGCUGGUGACAUUCUUAUCGUUCCUGAUAACGAUCAGGGCCGAAUAUUUCGCCCCCGAAGUUGCCGGCGAUCCAGCUCCCAUAGUUCUUUGGCACGGAAUGGGCGACAGCUGCUGCUUUUCCUUCAGUCUUGGGGCUGUGAAAAUUAUUUUGGAGCAAAACAUACCCGGGGUAUACGUGACGUCGAUAAGAAUCGGAAAUUCCGAAAUCGAGGACGUGGAAAACAGUUAUUUCCGAAAGGUCGACGAUCAGGUCAAUCAGGUUUGCGAGCAACUGGCUAACGACACUCGUCUUCAGGGUGGUUACAACGCCAUAGGAUUUUCUCAAGGAGCUCAAUUCUUACGAGCCGUGGCGCAAAGAUGUCCGAAUCCUCAAAUGAAGAAUCUCAUAUCGAUCGGAGGUCAGCAUCAAGGAGUCUACGGGCUUCCGCACUGUGGAUCACUCGAACAUCGUUUGUGCGAUUACAUGAGAAAAAUGUUGAACUACGCGGCGUACACGAAGAUUGUACAGCGCAAACUGGUCCAGGCGCAGUACUGGCACGACCCUUUGAAGGAGGAGGAUUACAAGAAGUAUAGCAUGUUUCUCGCGGACGUGAAUAACGAAGUGACGAUGAACGAGGACUACAAAACGAAUCUUCAAAAGUUGAACAAACUGGUAUUGAUAAAAUUUGAAAACGACACGAUGGUUCAACCUCGCGAGACCGAAUGGUUCGGUUUCUACAAACCUGGACAAUCCGUCGAACUGCAGUCUCUGCAAGAAUCCACAAUUUAUACCGAGGAUCGCCUGGGUCUUCGGGCGAUGGACGAGGCGGGAAAAAUUGACUUUUUAUCCAUCCAAGCCGACCAUCUCCAAUUCACCGACGUUUGGCUCAUCGAGAAUGUGAUAAAAAAAUAUCUCGCUUAAAAAUUCCAAAAGGUAUCACAUCUUUCUACAUUCGCUAUAACUUUUUCCACAACAUUUAUUACAAAAAUACAAAUAUAUUAUAAUCGGACUGUGUAACGAAUACUCAAUUAUAUUUGACGAGAAAAAAAGUUUCUCACAUACGAA